UGCAGUAAUUGCUGGUUGUUUGAAUACAUUCAUCAUCAUAAUCGUCCGCCCGCCUGUAUGUGUUUGCCCACCGUGUAAUCGUCAGACCGUUGACGUCCUGUCGUCGUCGAUAUCGGUGUUUCGCUUGUUUUGAUUUGUUCUUUGCCGUCGUCACAGUCGUCGACCAACGCGCUUCCGAUCCGAUCGUUGGCCGCUAGGCUCGUAGUCAUUACGAUCGGUGUUUUUCAAUUCAUAAAACAAACAAAGUGAUGAUAACUGUAACUGGCGGAAAAAUAAAAUAGUGCGAAACAAAAAAUAAACAAAAAGUGACCAGUUCUGAUAGUGUUUGCUCCGCCGUGCUUUGCGCUUCGACUGCUUUUUAUUUUGUUUCACACAAUGUUCAACGCACGGUUCGUGGCGUAAAAAUAAAACAAUCAUUGCGCUGUGUUGUUUAUUAGUGGCUGGCUGGCAUGAAAUGCAACUACGAUACAUACACGCACACAUACCAGUGCAUAUGGUCGACCGUCAGCAACAACGCAGAAGCACGCGGAAAAGUUCUGACGCCGAGGCCUAUCGAAGAAGAUUGUGUGUGCUCAGCGUGUGAGCGCAGCCGUCGCGGUUCUUCCCUGUUGGUUGUUGAUAGAGCAGCCGAGUAGACCAGAACGCAGUCCGCAGUUGUGUCGUCGUUUGUGGGUGGAUGCCUGCUGCGAUCGCAAUAACAAAGUUGAUUCGCCACUGGUUAUUGUUUGGCGUGCAGGCGUUCCGGUACUAUUGUUUGCCAGCCUGAUCGUAGUGUGCUUCGUCGUGGGCGAUUUUAGUGUGUUUGUUUGACGCUCAUCCCUCGAUCGUGGCUUGUGUCUUAGUGAUUGCAAUUUGUUGUUCGAUCAACGGUGAUGACGAUCAUGAAAUGAUUGACUGCGAUCGUCACAAAUGAAUGAGGAUAAAUGAAGCUACCGGAAUUCUAUCGGGAGGAUUGACUCGCACAAAAGAACACAAAACAACACAAUGAAAUAACAAUCAGGGAAGGCAUAAAGUCAAAAGGUGAAAAGCGACUGAAAAGCAGGGAGAAGAAAAUCGAUCGCCCGCACGUUUGUACGUGUGUUCUUAUGUGUGUUGUUUUUGUUCCUCUUGGAGUGGCGGAGAUCGGAACAGCCGAUCAUCGAAGUGAAUUGAAUUAUCCAGUUUCCGACAGCCAGUCGGCAGACAAAACAUCUUGUUGUGCAAGGCCUCGUUCGGCCGCAGUGCAGUGAGUGAUAUCGAAGGUUUAAUCCAGGCUGCAGAGGCGCCGUCGACCUCAAGUACAUAAUUAUUGUGAUUAGAUGUGUCUUAUUAAAUCAGUGUAAUUUCCAGCUGCAACUGAGUGAGUUAAGUAUCGUAAGCGUAUAUGAGCGUGUGUGUUCGGGUGCCUGGGGCAGUCGCCUUUGUGAGCCGAUUACUAUCAUUUUCCGAACGGUGGGUAGCCGCGUGAUCUCCAGCUGAAAGCUCCCCGAAACGAUCAGCUAUUAGCUACAAAAUGGAUAUCGAAUCGGAUGGAUCUGAACGAUGGGAGGAUUUUUUCGGUAGCAGCACCGAUUUAGCACCCUCGCUGUUAGGCUAUUACGAUUCGUUGGCCACCAAGGUAGGUGCCGAUCAGACGUCCACCGGAAGCAGUCCCAUUAAGUCGAAGGCUUCCGGCGAAACCCUAUCCACCAGCAACCACAGUCUGAAUGCAAACUCGUCAUCGUCAUCGUCGAGCAGUUCCACCGUCGUCGUCAGCAGCAGCAGCAGUUGCACUUCCUCCACGACAAUCAACCAGCAAAGAGUUCAGUUCAGCCAGGAACUCACUCAACAAACCGGUGAAAAACCGUUCCAAUCGAACGUACUAAAGUUCAAAACCGUUGGACUGCUCAGGCCAACCCGGCCGGCCCCGCACAUACCCAAACACGGGGACAAAUUUCGAAACCUUUCGUUAAACGUACAGAGAAUACUCUCGAAUACUGAAACGGCCAUAGAACCCAACCAACCGGAAGCCACGAAUCAAACGAGGCUACCACCGACGACUACCUUCCACCGCAAUCACCGUCAGUCGGCAUCCUUCUGUACUAGUCGAUCGAUCUCGUCCACCACCACCACCACCACCACGUCGACAAGGCACGUUGCCUUCAAGAACCUCCCGCUGUCGAAAAACAUCACCAAAAUCACUCAAGCUUCGGAGUUGAUCGAUCACUUCAGCACAAAGCCCGAACGCCGUGACACCAACGGCAACUGUGAUACGGCACUGCCCCUAGCGGAGGAUGUUCCCAAGCUGAGCCUAAUCCAACAGCGAAUCAAAUCCCUCACAUCCGCCCUGGUCGGCGAUCUGGAACCGACGGUACCUCCAGACCAGGAGGAACCAGUUCUACGAAAUCCAGAAAAAUCGAUGGAACCACCCGGCGGCGAUCGCAAUGCAUUUAUCGAAAACUGCGAAGAGUCCGAACAGCGGCACACCAUCGUAGAAGCGCGUAAUCCGUUCGUCAGUCUGGUGGUCACUGAGCCUGCACCGAGAGACAGCGAACCAGCGGAAUCCGAGGAUCGUCGCAAACUUGCGCACGCCCGGGAGCAACUACAGCUUAAUUCGUCGCGAACUUUACCCGAAUCACCGCAGUUGCCCCGAUCCAGCGGCAGCAGCGUAACGUCCGCUUCAACACCGAGCCUCGAUACGGCCAGUUCGGCUUCGCUGUCCUCGAGCAAGGCUUCACUAACGCAAACACCGGGGACGCCCGUUCUCAGCACCCGCCCCCUGUCGGCAUCGUCGAUCUGCUCCUACUCGUCGAGCAGCAGUUCCGGUUCCGACACUCUACUUCUAGUCAGCGGCAAGUGCUGCGGUGGCGCUCCCUCCUAUCAGGCCAGCGUCGAAAGCCUAGCCGAUCAGAGCGAAUGCGAGCAGAACGGCACCUCCGGCAGUGGUCUGACGAUGUGCGAACGGGCGGUGAUGGAAAUAAUCGACUCCGAGCGGAGCUACGUCGAAGAUUUGGGCCAGAUCAUCAAGGGCUACCUGCAAGACUGGAAGGAACGAGCCUGUCUCAAGGUAGACGAGCUCGACAUUCUGUUCAGCAACAUUCAGGAAAUUUGGGAGUUCAACAGUCGACUGCUCUCGCGACUGGACGAAACCAAAGGCGAUCCGGUCAAAAUUUCCGGCUGUUUCAUCGAUCUCCACGAGAAUUUUGACUGCUACACCACAUACUGCACCCGCUACCCGGAGGCGAUCGCCCUGCUGACCAGUCUACUACAGGCCACCCACACCAACGCCCUGCUCAUCCACACCCAGAAGAUGCUGAACCACACGCUCCCGCUGGGAUCCUACUUGCUGAAGCCGGUACAGCGGAUAUUGAAGUACCAUCUGCUGCUCGAUAACCUGCGGAAGCACUGCGACGAUAAGCAGGUCGCCCAUGCGCACGAGCUGAUGAAGAAUGUUGCCCACAAUAUCGAUCAGGUGAAGAGAAAAUUGGAACAGCAGUCGCGUGUCAAGGAACUGGCCGGCAUCCUGGACGGAUGGUUGGGACCCGAUCUGUCCGUACUCGGUGAACUGCGCCAGGAGGGGCUGCUGAGCGAGCAGGCCAAACCGCGGAUCGUGCUACUGUUCGAAACGAUGCUCAUCAUCACCAAGCCGAAGGAGGACAAGCGGUUGCAGUUUCGUGCAUACAUUCCGUGCAAGAACCUCAUGCUGGUGGAGCAUCUGCCGGGCGAACCGACCAGCUUCAAUGUGAUCCCGUACAACGACCCGAAGGGUCAGAUCCGGCUGACGGCACGCACCCGCGAUCAGAAGCGCCUCUGGACGCAGCAGAUCAAACAGGCCAUGCUCGAGCAUUUCGACAUUCCGAAGCGGGCCCGUGAGUUGGUGCUGCAGCUGGGCGAUGAAGACGAUCGCGCAACGGAUAAAAACGCCAGCUGGAAGUGGCCAUCGCACCAUCCCUCGACGCCGGACUACCUGGAGCGACGGCAACAGUUCCGCCGGAGCGAAAUGCGAAUGCGUUCGAAGAAAAUGCGCAAGAAUACGGCCAGCAGCAUAUCGUUGGACGGCAUUUCGCCGAAGGAUAUCCGUCAGCCGACUUUCCAGUCGUACUCAAAGCCGCUGGAGCAGAAGGAAAAAUCCGAUGGUGAAGAGGAGAAGAGCAAAACCGGUGACUGUAAGUGCGAUGCGGUGAAGAAGGAACUCGAGCAUAAGCAGCUAAAGGGUAGCAGCAGGAGUCGCUCGGAAAGCAGGUCGGCUGGAGAGGAGAAACAGAAAGCGGCGGUCAAGUUAAGCGACGAGGAGGCUUUCGCCAAAGCAAUGCAGGAACGGAACCGCUUCGCCACGCAAGGCCGUAAGAAGUCGAAAGAAAGCUUCGUCGAUGUCAAAUCGUACAAUUCGACCACCAUUCCGAAGCGAAUAGUAAACAUCCGGAAGAGUAGGUCGAAGACGUUGACUGGGAACUCGAAGUUUUACACGGAUCUGGAUUUCGGGGAGGGUAGCGAUGAUACUACCGUGUUGAAAAUUACCGAGUCGACAGACAAUUUGAGUUUGGAUAAUGAGAACUCACCGGGCGGGAAGGGUAAGGAGGAAACGGCGGAUGGAGAGGAGGCUUGUCGAAAGGAUUCCGAAAUUAUUUCGCAAUUGAUAUUGGAGAAAAACGAAUUCAGGAAAAUGAGUCGACCUCCUAAGAAGAAGUCGUUCGAUUCGGUGCGAUCUCUGUCCUGUCCAAGCCAGGAUGAGGACGGAGAAGUUGAGAGCAAGAAAGAGAAGCCAGUUCCAAAGCCCCCAUCUACGGAGCCACCAAAAGAGGACGAGGAGGAACAGGAGGAGGAGGAUGAAUUCCGAAAAGUUGCUGAGCUAAACCGAAAGUCGGAGGAUCUGCUGAAUCGAUUGCUGGAAAUUCAGAAUGAUCUACCGUCGCCGGAACCAAUCUACGAAUCGCUGCUGCGAAACGUCCACGUACCGUACAAAUAUGCCCCACCGCUGACGCGUUCAAUUUCCCAACAGUACGGCAAAGCGCUGGAAACCCUAAAAGCAAAUGCUUCUGCCAAGAAGUCCCGUCCGGAAUCGGACUACGUAACGCUCGCCUAUUCGGAGGGCGGACUGGUCGAUAUAGAGGGACAUUCCGUCGAAUCGAAAUCGACCGUAGCGCAGCUACGCAACAGUGACACCAACAUCAACUACCACUACCCUUGGCGAAAGGAGGAAGAUACCGGACCGGUGCAGGACACUCGUUCGGAAAUUGUGACCCUAACCUGCGGCGACCCUGGAGAUCCGCUGAAACCGCUCGAGCGACAGGGAAGUCUCAGCAUCAAAUCACCAAAGAACUUGCUCCAAAGAUUUAUCAGCCUACAUUCGUCGCCGUCGAGCGGAAGCUGCGAUAGCAAUCUACAUCAGCGGAAGAUCUCCUGUCCGGAGCCGGAUUCGGUGCCAAUCUACAAGCAGGGUAGUCUCGAUCUGGGAUCUCGUAUAGCCAAUCUGGACUACGCUGAUCCGCGUUCCCUGUUCUCCCCGGGAGCCACCAACCAGCAACCGAAUAUUUUUGUUAAUCGGGCGUCGAUCCGAGCGGAUUCCGCCGACCCGGAGCAGCGAGACUCGAUCUUUUCCCUCAAUUCUUCGAGUGACAGCGUGUGCGGUGGAACCCGCAACGAACAGGACGACGAAUGCUGUGGUUUCUAUGAGAAAUGCGUUGAGGAAUGUCUGGAGAAUGACGACUUCCGUGAUUCGGCUGUCUACAGUGGGGACGACAACGAUCGUCGACCGGAUGGAUUCGAGGAACAUGUCAUCUACGAGUCGAUCAGCGAAAUCGGUCAAUGCCAGCUGCUGAAGCUUCCUCCGUCAUCCACGCAGGUAGCCCGUUCGUCCUCUUCUGCUUCGAGUAGCUCUUCGGGAGCACCUCCGGUGCCCAUUAAACCGGCUCACCUCGAGCAGCGUAAGGCCAUACAAAUCGCUUUAAAAUCAACCACGGCUUCAGCGCCAUCUGCGGCGAAAGAACUACCCCCGGGUGGGCCAACCCCCAAGGGGUGGGUCCUCCAGCAGGUGAAAAGAUUUCAGUAGACGAGGAGACUGAUUCGAAAGUGCCUUAUAGUAUUGGGAUUUUAACUUCAUCAGUUUUUUUUAACCAAAACACAGAACUACUAAAGUUUCCUUGUUUUUUUUUGUGCGUGCGUUUUACAUGUUUUAAUGAUAAAACUCCGAGCGUUCAGCAACAGCAAAAGCAGCGGCAAUGCGGUGAGACGCCAGUCGCAAUCGCUGGCGUCUCUUGUAAAGAAAUGUUUUAACCCACAAAUUGUAUUUAUUCGUCGUGUAAUAGUUCUAUUUUUAUUUAUACCGGUUAAUCGUGCCUUAGUUUAAUUUACUAACAUCAAUUACUAGCGUGUAAGGCUCAAAGCAAAGUUUUAUUUUAGCAAUUUACGAUGCAUUUCCGUAUCAUCAGUAGAAAGUAUGCGAAGAACGAGCAAAGAUAUGCCAUAUUACAUCCUCGUAACCUGCCACUAGUGACAAACCAUUAGAUUUCGUUUCCGAUUCCGUAUAAACUGGUUCGCGUUAUAAGCAAAUAUUCUACUUUACUGGUUUCAUCUAGCUACAAAUUUUAGCCGUCUGUUAAAUAUAAUGAAAAAAAAAAUGUU